AGCUUUCCCUCCAUUACUCAGACUUGCAGCCGGGAUAGGUUGAGUUUGCAAAGAUCACUCAUCCCGAGGCCGCGUACGCCCCGAGCCGCCCGCUUCGGAUCUCGCACGCUCGAAAAUCCCAGCUUCAAUCUUCCCAGGCCUCUCAUGGCAUGCCGAGUCGAUUCGGAAUUGCGAGGCGCGGGAUCCAAUCCCGAUUGCCACCAACACCGACCAAUGGUCCUGCAAAGCUAGCCAGCCAGCCUGUCACGCACUCCCGACUUACUCACACGACAUCGUUGGGUCAUGUGCCGUUUCAUCCUGACGUCUGCUCAAGUGAGACUUUGCGCAUUUGUCUCCAGCCCCGGUGGGUGGAGAGUUUCAUUUGCUGGCGGUGGGGAUGGUUGGUUCCAGGAUCGGGCAGCGCAGUCUAUCUGCUGAGUGGGACGUUCGACGCUAUUGAGGUGUCUCUUCCCCAUGAAGCCGCCCCCCCUUUCCUGCACUCUGGUACCUUGACAUCACUCGUCUGUAGAACUUCCGAAGCCUCAUUGCGUCCUCCCCUCAGCUCACCUGCACUGCUCUCUUUCGGCCUCGGGUCCUGUCCGACGACCGCCCCACUGACCGCAUUGCACUCUGGCGUGUGAUUCUGCGCCGUCCAUUGUUACCGGAAAGGCUCGGGCGCUCACACAAAGCUCAACGUACGGUGGGAGGAUCGAUGAUCAGAAAGCCACAGAAGAAUUACGGCGCGUUACCGUCGC